GCAGGGGGCGCCGCUGCGUCAAACCGGAAGCUCUGACAAACGAAGAAGAAAACCGGUGAAAACGAACCAGGAGAAAUAUGGCUGCAAGGUUACUGCUCCGCUCAGGCUUCAGAGCCGCCGCCGCCUGCCGAGCCGCCCGGGUCCCGGUUCCGACCCGCAGCAUGGCAGCAGGAGGAAUCCCCACCGAUGAGGAGCAGGCCACCGGACUGGAGAAGAUCAUCAUGAAGGCCAUGAAGGACGGAACGGAUCCCUACAACAUGCUGAAGCCCAAGAGCUUCGCCGGCUCCAAGGCGGACCCGCACCUGGUUCCCUCCAUCACCAACAAGAGGAUUGUGGGAUGCGUCUGUGAGGAGGACAACACGGCGGUGGUCUGGUUCUGGCUCCAUGAAGGCGAGGCCCAGCGCUGCCCGUCCUGCGGCUCUCACUACAAGCUGGUGGCUCACGAGCUUCCUCACUAACUCCUCCUCCUCAUCGUCGUCCUCGUUCUGCCCGUCUGGGCUCGGCCUAUCUUCUGUUCUGCCUCAGAACUUGACCCGGAUCUCUGCUUCAUGUUACAUUCCCAAACAGCGUUUACACCCCCCGCUCUGAACCAUGUUACACUCGGACCACUGAACUCCUCGUGGAACAAUAAAGUUCUGAACUCUGAA